UUGCUUCCUGCUGCUGUGCUGAAUGAAAGGAGAGAUGAGGAAAUAAAGUGCUUUGUGAAUGAAGAAAGGUUUUUGUUUUCUUUUUCCUUGAGUAAAUUGUUUGCAAUAUGUUUUGCCUGUGGCGAGUUAAAAUGAAUUAGUUUCAUAGUCACUAUGCUUUAAGUUGUGUAUAAUUUGCUGGCUACUUGAACUGAAACUAAACUAAACCACAGGACUUCACUCAGGUAGCUGGAUAACCCCAGGUAAAUGGACUUCCUGACUCUUUUCGGGAUCUAUGUGGCGGUGGUGCUCAGCUGCAUCGCCCUGGUGUGUCGAUACUCCGGCCAGCAACACACUCCUUUCAGCCGAGUGUACACCACUUUCUCUGAGGUUGUUUCUCCUUGGAUUCCACAAUGCAUUAAGAAUAUUUGCUACAGGAGUAUGCACAGACUCUUCCACCAGAGAAACCGCAUCUUCAUUUACUUACAUUUUAUUCUUGAGGCUGCUGUGUAUGGGGAAUUCUCCUACGAGAUCUUUGGAUUCUGUUUAGAAAUGGACACCACUUUGUUUAAUGUGUGUCUUCCAUAUUUCCUCUUGGCAAUUAAGUCCUACAUCUUUUACCUGUGCUGUAGUAAAGAUCCAGGUACACUGACAAAGGAAAACCAUGCAGUUCAACUGAAUGUGUACCGGUAUGAUGGGAAGUUGUUUCAAAAAGGAAUCUUUUGCCAAACAUGUCAGCUGGUGAAACCUGCCAGAUCUAAACACUGUAGUGUAUGCGACCGAUGUGUCCAGAGAUUUGACCACCACUGUGUGUGGGUGAAUAACUGCAUUGGUGCUCAGAACACUAGAUUCUUCCUGCUAUACCUGCUGAGUGUAUGUGCCAUGGCAGGUGAUAUUGCACUUCUCACGGCAGACAUGUUGUUUCAUACUGUCGUGCGAUCUGGAAUCAUGCAUGCACAAUACGUUGAUCCAGAGGGUCAGCAGCAGCCUGUAGGACCACUGUUUGUCAUACAGCACCUCUUCAUGACCUUCCCCAGGAUAAUCUUCAUGCUUGGCUUCGUGGUGUUUGUAUUUUUCCUUGUGGCGGGGUAUACCAUGUUUCACUGUUACCUGGCUCUGGUGAAUCAGACAUCGAAUGAAUGGUUCAAACAGAAAGGCCAUGGCUGCCAGCACUGCAAUCCUGUCUCUGGACACUCAUGCCGCACUUCCUACAACCCAUUCCGUGGUUUUUAUCACAGAGGAAUCCUCAAAAAUCUCAGGGAAAUAGUUUGGCCUUUAUGCCCGACUCAGAAGAAAGACAAUUAGCUUGUAGUUAAAGGAGUUUGGCCAAAAAAAAAAGAUUUCACACAAUGUUUUCCUAACCCUAAAUGUAGUCAUAUGUGAUACAGAGAUACAGUGUUGGCUCAUGUUGCUAACAAGUAAAGGAAGAUUAUAGCCACCAGUAUAGCAUUGCGUAGACUACAUGCCUAAAUCAUUGCACAGUUGCAGUGCAUUAAGUAAUCUCAAAAAUACUCUGUUGUUUCUUUGUAUGACACUUUUUUAUUUAUAAAACUGCACUAAAGGACAUCACAGAGCUAGAAACAGUAGCAGCUGCCAUCAAGAAUGCAGACUCGCCUUUUUCAUUAUAUAGUUUUGCAUAACUUUGUGCAAAUAUCAGUUGUGUAGAAUUCAGUGUCAUAUUUUAGAAAUUAUUGUAGAUCAAAUAAUUUAGAUUUGUUGCUUAAUUUUAUUAAUUCGGACCUAUUAUUUUAUGACGAAGUUUACAUACAUGUAUCUAAAAACACCUAAUAUGUUUCCUGAAGCAAUGUGUGAGAAAUUAGAUGCAGUUUGCAUAAUGCUUUCUUAUCCAUCCAGCCAUUAUCUGUAACCGCUUGUCCUGUACAGGGUCGCGAGCAAGCUGGAGCCUGUCCCAGCUGAUUAUGGGUGAGAGAUCGGGAUACACCCUGGACAAGUCGCCAGGUCAUCGCAGGGCUGACACAUAGCCCAUGUUUACAUUAGACCGUAUCAGCGGAUCAUCAGAUUAAUGUUUUUAAAACGAUUAGUGUGCACACAGCAACACCAAUACACGAUUUGCGUGUACAUAGCAACGCCAAUACACGGAUACGCUCGGCUCCGCAGGCAUCCUGCGCUCCAAAUCACUCCGCCCUGAACAGCGAGUGCCCUCUGGAGGGUGCGCACUCCGGCCCUGCGCAGCUCACAGAGCGCGCGAGUGAAGUGCACAAGCCACGAUUCGGGACUGAGCCGCUGUGUGUGAGAUCCCAGCGCAUAUCACUUACUACUUGCAAGUGGAAGGAUGGCAAGCCUAAAGACAAUCAUAACUACACAAUGGGCAGUAUUUGCAUCAGUAUUUGCAGUAUUUUCAUACUUUUAUACUCUUUAAUGAAAGGUGAUACAAGGCGGAAGUCCGCGCCGUUUUUCAGCAGUCGCGUCACAUGACCAACGCCAGCGAAUCAGGAAGGUGGAUGUCACAGUGACGUUGUCCAAUGACGACGCCAGCUAGAGCUCAGCACAGCGUAUCCGCGUAUUCUCAAUGUUUACACAGCACCGGAGCUGACACGAUCUGGAUUGAAUAGGUGGACGCUGGCGGAUUCCCGUUUCCAGGCGGUUUAAUGUAAACGGACAGUGCAUCCGCGAAGAAAACGAGACAGAUACGGUCUAAUGUAAACGUAGCCAUAGAGACAAACAACCAUUCACACCUACGGUCAAUUUAGAGCCACCAAUUAACUUAAUCUGCAUGUCUUUGGACUGUGGGGGGAAACCGGAGUACCCGGAAGAAACCCACGCAGACACGGGAAGAACAUGCAAACUCCACACAGAAAGGCCCCUGUCGGCCGCUAGGCUCAAAUCUAGAACCUUCUUGCUGUGAGGCGACAGUGCUAACCACUACACCACCGUGCCAUCCAUAAUGUUUUCUCUUUACUUAUUAUCAACAUUAGUUCUGUAGCUUUAGUAUAAAAAGGAAAAGUGAAUUUUGAAACGUGACUACUUUUGUCUGGAUGUUUCCUUUUAAUGUGAUGUUUUUAUUCGUACAUUAUGUUUUAUAUUGUUUUGGUGAGUGAGAUUGUUGAAAUAAAUAGUUUUUAUCUGAUGUUUGUUAAACAAGUGUCUGGAGAUCAGCUGUGUUUAUGCCAUAUUCCCUGCUCUGAUCAGCUCCCGGCUGCCAAAAUACAGGCUGAGCUUGUCAAACUGGUAGUCCAUCUUUACCUGUUGAUCAAAAGGAAAUAGUAUCUGAAUUAAUGUUUUAGGAUUUUUCAGCAGGGUUGGUAAACAGAGUGCGGUAGAUUUUGAUCACCUUGUAAAAUGUACAUUUAACCCUCAUCCUACCAUGCUAUUUUACACCUUAAUCUUACCAUGUGGGGUCCGUUUGGACCCCAAUACUUUUCUUUAAAAUUAAAGCUUAUAAAGACAAAAUCACCAGAUAAGUUUUGUUCAGAACAUCUUGUAUUAAUAACAGCAAUACACUAAAGGGCCCAAGGCAUAAAGAACACACUUAACCUUCAUCCUACCAGCCAAUUUUACAUACACAAACUACCAGGCGGGGUCCGUAUGGACCCCAGGGGGGAAUACCUUGAAAUCAGUGCAGUAAGAACCAAUUCAAUGCAGCAAACAGACAUAACUUUAUUGAAGAACAAAAUCCACUAUGGCUGAAUAUCAAUGAUGUAUUAUAAAUGCAAUAACAUUGCAAUAAUAUUGCAAUAACUAGCAUACAUGUAGCAAAUUAUAGCGCCAUAAAAAAAAAAUUGGCAUUAUAUACAUGAUUUUUGCAGCUCAUGCAGCUGCAAAACAUUCUGGAUUACAACUUAGGUCUUUUCUUACAGAAUUUAAAACAAAAAGGUAAUUGUAAAAUAAUUUCGGGCUUUUGUUUUGCAGCCUGUGCUUAUUGCAGCAGUGGGGUCCACACGGACCCCAAGAAGGAAUGCCUUGGUAGUUUCAUUAUGGAACAUAAAAGAAAUAAAAGAAGUUAACUUUCAGUGUGCUAUUCAAUUAUAAAAUGAAAGACAGAUAAACUUUACUCUGGGGUCCGGUUGGACCCCAGUAACAAAUUAAUUAUACCUUCACAAUGCAAAAAGCUGAUCUUCCGGUGCUUUAGUGUUUUAAUUAAGACGUAAAUUCCGACAAAUUCAUAAAACGGUGAGGCAGUAUGUCACAUAUUUUUAAAAUGGCAAACAAACAUAUUGGUGUGGGGUCCAGAUGGACCCCACUUGGUAGGAUGAAGGUUAAAGACUGGUCAUGUAUUAUCCUUUUCAGUUACUGUAGCUUAUUACUGGUAUCCACCUGUUCUUCAGUCCCUGUAACCUGCUGUACACCAGUCAUUUAUUUUUAUUUAUGAAUUUAAUUUCCAGAGGUGGACAGUAACGAAGUACAUUUACUUGAGUACUGUACUUAAGUACACUUUUUGAGUAUCUGUACUUUACUUGAGUAUUAUUUUUUUUGGAAACUUAUGACUUUAACUUCACUACUUUUGAAAGGUGAAUAUUGUACUUUUCACUCCACUACAUUUCUGUCAAACUAUGAAGCAGCUUUGAAAGUGGAUGUUUUUUUCCUUUCUUUUUUUUUUCUAAAACAUGACUGUUUUUUUCACAGGUGACACUGAGACAGCCUAUCAGUAAUCACUAGGGUCACGUCCAUAGACUGUAUAAAAUCAAAAUCAAUGAUUUCUCCGCAGCAUUAUUUAACACGAUCAUUUGAUGGCAGAAUGAAAGGAGGCAGUUCUUCUGGAGAAUGCACGCACCCAUGGUCAUACCUAGAAUCCAUGUUUCAGUUUUCUGAAAGGAUUAAAGAUUCAUUUUGUUUUUAAAUGUUUGCUUUGGGGCGGCACGGUGGUGUAGUGGUUAGCGCUGUCGCCUCACAGCAAGAA